CAGACUUCAAUCUGAAUAACUCUAAGAGGAAAAACAUUACCUCAGCCUCAAAGAGUGGAGUUCCUAAAUACAGAGAUUCCUGGAUCUUCACAAUGAGACUCUUUCACCUUCUUUGGCUUUUUAUCCUGUUACUGAACAGUGAGUCAUCUUUACAGAAUGAUACAUGUCCAAAGCCUGAAGUUCCAAAUGGAUUUGCAGUUGGCCCAUACAACAACACAAUAUACUACAGCUGCAAUGAAGGUUUUAAGCUUUUCACCAACAACGGCUGGUGGGCUGAGGCCAAAUGUAAUGACAGUCAACUUCAACAAUGCAUCGAGAACACAAAGUGUGGAGAAACUCCUGUGAUUCCAAAUGGGAAAGUGGUACUUCCACAAAGGCCAGGCCUAAGGCAAAUCCAUGCUAGGAUUACUUGUAACACAGGAUACAGCCCUAACGUUAACUACUUAAGUUGUCACGAGGGAGAAUGGACGUCAAAUAAAAUAUCACCCAACGAUAUUUGUACACCAACUGCCAAGCUCUGCAAACCCCCACCUAAAGUUGAGUAUGCAGUUGUUCGGACAUCUUAUCAGAUGGAAUACUUGUCUGACUCUCCAGUGACUUAUCAGUGCCGUGAUCACUAUCAUAUGGAGGGAGAACACACGAUUCUAUGCAAUGAUGGGGAAUGGGAGGAGAAGAACGUAACAUGCACACAAAUAACAUGUGACAGAAAGGAUAUCCCAGAGGCAGAUAUUGUUCUCAAUAACAAGCAGAGAUACAGCUACAAUGAACAGGUCGGUUAUCGCUGCAAGGAUGGUUAUCAAGAAGAAUUCACUCUAACCUGUGGAGGAGAUGGUUGGAUCGGGAGGUCAACGUGUAAAGGCUGUAGGAGUCCACCACCUCUCACAGAUGGAGACAUCAAGGACACCGUGAAAACUGAUUACAGCCAUCAAGAAAGGGUUGAAUUCAUGUGUCAAAAUUACUACACCAUGGAGGGUGGGCCUCACAGAACCUGCAUCAAUGGUGAAUGGACCGGACAGAUCAAAUGCCUCAAACCCUGUACUGUGGAUAGACCCCUCAUGAACAGAUAUAAUAUUUCCUUCAAAUAUACUUAUGACGAUAAGCUGUAUUCAGCCCAUAAUGAUAAUAUCACGUUCACUUGUACUGAAGGUCAUAGUCCUACCGGCACAUUGUCCAUGCGUCAGCAAUGUAUUGAGGGUGUGAUGAACCUGCCCACUUGUCAGUAAAGGUUUUUAGUUAACUGGAUGUGAUAAACAUGAUCUGGCUGGACAAACAUGUAAACAGUUAACAAGAAGUACAGUUAUUAACUGAUCUUCUGUACCUACUGCAAAAGUUUUAAUAAAACAUACAUGUUCUCAUGUUUUCUUCUUCAUAUGUAUUGUUUUAUUAAAGCAUUUGGUUAAGUAUAUCAGACACUAUUUUGUAUGUAUUAGUCAGUCCUGCAAUGCUGUUAAGUACAUUUGCAUUUUAAGGAUUUACUUUUUCAUAAUCUUAAUAAAAGAUUUGAAUAAAUAAUGGAGGUGAUAUUCAGUGUAGCAGGUAUUAAAAUAAAUAUUAUUCUCCCCGAUGCUGGACACACAACUGUAACAGUGUUGAAAAGUAACUAAGUACAUUUACUGUUUGAAGGUACUUGUACUUUACUUAAGUAUUUCCAUUUGAUGCUACUUUACAGUUUUACUACUACUGCUACCACAUUUCAGAGGGAAACAUUGCUGUAAUUUCAACAGCUCCAUACCUUAUUUCCAUAACAGCUAGUUACUCUUCAGAUGAUAAUUUUACAUAGAAAAUGAUAUAACCUCAUACAAUACAACACAUUGUUAAAGAUUAAAUCCAACCUUUUUUUCUCUGGUGGCACCAUAUAAAAAAUACAAUCUAGCUGUGGACUCCUUGUCUCAUUUUGGAGAACUUUCUCUUCUAAACUUCUUAGAUGGUUACUUUCCAAUCACUGUUUAAAGCGUAUAGAGGUGAAAUUAUCUAUACUAAUUCUUUAGUUAUUUUCUUCAUUAUACAACCCCUCAGCAUUAUCUUGUGGGACUGUAGAGGGGCCCCACCCCCCUAGGUUUGGAAACACUGAAGUACAUAAA